AUGCGGCUGCUGGGCGCAGCCUUCGCCUCGGCUGUGGGCCGCGGGCCGCUGCCGCGGGCCCCGGCCGCCCUGGGCUGGCGGGGGAAGCAGGUUAACUGGAAGGUCUGCAGAUGGUGUUCAUCAGGGAAGAUUCCUAAUGAAAGGAUAAGAAAUAUUGGAAUCUCAGCUCACAUUGAUUCUGGGAAAACGACGUUAACAGAACGAGUGCUUUACUACACUGGCAGAAUCGCAAAGAUGCAUGAGGUGAAAGGUAAAGAUGGAGUUGGUGCUGUCAUGGACUCCAUGGAACUAGAAAGACAGAGAGGAAUCACUAUUCAGUCAGCAGCCACCUAUACCAUGUGGAAAGAUGUCAACAUCAACAUUAUAGAUACUCCCGGGCAUGUGGAUUUCACAAUAGAAGUUGAAAGGUCCCUGAGAGUGUUGGACGGCGCAAUCCUUGUUGUCUGUGCGGUUGGAGGGGUGCAGUGCCAGACCAUGACCGUGAAUCGGCAGAUGAAGCGCUACAAUGUUCCAUUUCUCACUUUCAUUAACAAACUGGACCGAUUGGGCUCCAACCCCACCAGGGCGCUGCAGCAGAUGAGGUCUAAACUAAAUCAUAAUGCAGCAUUUGUGCAGAUACCCAUUGGUUUGGAGGGUGACUUUAAAGGUAUUAUAGAUCUUAUUGAGGAACGAGCCAUCUAUUUUGAUGGAGACUUUGGUCAGAUGGUUCGCUAUGGGGAAAUUCCAGCGGAAUUCAGGGCUGCAGCAGCUGACCACCGCCAGGAGCUGAUUGAAAGUAUUGCUAAUUCAGAUGAGCAGCUUGGUGAGAUGUUCCUGGAAGAAAAGAUCCCCUCAAUUUCUGAUUUAAAGCUUGCAAUCCGCAGAGCUACUUUAAGCAGAUCAUUUACUCCUGUGUUUUUGGGAAGUGCCUUGAAGAACAAAGGAGUUCAGCCUCUUUUAGAUGCUGUUUUAGACUACCUCCCAAAUCCAUCUGAAGUCCAGAAUUUUGCUUUGCUAAAGCAGGAUGAUGACUCAAAAGAGAAAACCAAAAUCUUAAUGAACUCCAACAGAGACAAUUCCCAUCCAUUUGUAGGCCUGGCUUUUAAACUGGAGGCAGGUCGAUUUGGACAAUUAACUUAUAUUCGAAGUUAUCAAGGAGAGUUGAAGAAAGGGGACACCAUCUGCAACACGAGAACAGGAAAGAAAGUGCGGGUGCAACGGCUGGUUCGCAUGCAUGCUGACAUGAUGGAGGAUGUUGAUGAAGUAUUUGCUGGAGACAUCUGUGCAUUAUUUGGCAUUGACUGUGCUAGUGGAGACACAUUCACUAACAAAGAUAAUAGUGGACUUUCUAUGGAGUCAAUUCAUGUUCCUGAUCCCGUCAUUUCAAUAGCAAUGAAGCCUGCUAACAAGAAUGAUCUGGAGAAAUUUUCAAAAGGUAUUGGCAGGUUUACAAGAGAAGAUCCCACAUUUAAAGUCCACUUUGACACCGAGAGCAAAGAGACAAUUGUAUCUGGAAUGGGAGAAUUACAUCUGGAAAUCUAUGCUCAGAGGAUGGAAAGAGAAUAUGGCUGCCCUUGUAUCACAGGAAAGCCAAAAGUCGCUUUCAGAGAAACCAUUACUGCCCCUGUCCCGUUCGAGUUUACACAUAAAAAGCAAUCGGGUGGUGCAGGCCAGUUUGGAAGAGUGAUAGGGGUCCUGGAGCCUCUGGAGCCAGAGAACUACACUAAGCUGGAGUUUUCAGAUGAAACAUUUGGGUCAAAUGUUCCCAAGCAAUUUGUGCCUGCUGUAGAAAAGGGGUUUCUGGAUGCCUGCGAGAAGGGCCCUCUGACUGGUCACAAACUCUCUGGGCUCCGCUUCGUCCUGCAAGAUGGAGCACAUCACAUGGUUGACUCCAAUGAAAUCUCUUUCAUCCGUGCAGGAGAAGGGGCGCUCAAACAAGCCUUGGCAAAUGCAACAUUAUGUAUUCUUGAACCCAUUAUGUCUGUGGAAGUUGUGGCCCCGAAUGAAUUUCAGGGAGCAGUGAUUGCAGGAAUUAACCGGCGCCACGGGAUAAUCACUGGACAAGAUGGGGUUGAGGACUAUUUUACACUGUAUGCCGAUGUCCCUCUAAAUGAUAUGUUUGGUUAUUCCACUGAGCUUAGGUCAUGUACAGAGGGGAAGGGAGAGUACACAAUGGAGUACUGCAGAUACCAGCCAUGUUUACCAGCCACACAAGAGGACCUCAUUAAUAAGUAUUUGGAAGCAACAGGUCAACUUCCUGUAAAAAAAGGAAAAGCCAAGAACUAA